AUGGACACCGACGUCGUGCACAUCUUCAAAGAGGACAGGUGUCGCUCGGCGUCCGGCCGCCCCGAGGAGUGCGGGUCCGACUUAACUUGGCAGCCCGACCUCUCGGACGAGAUGUUGUUCAACUACACGGCCAACGAGACGUGGGACGGCGAGCCGGACUUCAUGUCCCCCAUCAUCACUAUCAUAGCCGCGGUGUACUCCAUAGUGUUCGUGGUGGGCUUGGUGGGCAACUGCCUGGUGAUGUAUGUCAUCAUUAGAUACACCAAGAUGAAGACGGCCACAAACAUCUACAUCUUCAACCUGGCGGUGGCCGACGCACUGGUCACCACCACCAUGCCCUUCCAGAUCACCGACUACCUGCUGCACUCCUGGCCCUUCGGCCGCGUGCUCUGCAAGGUGUUCAUCUCCAUCGACUACUACAACAUGUUCACCAGCAUCCUCACGCUCACCAUGAUGAGCGUGGACCGCUACGUGGCCGUGUGCCACCCCGUCAAGGCGCUGGACUUCCGCACGCCCCUCAAGGCCAAGCUCAUCAACGUGGCCAUCUGGGCGCUGUCCUCCGCCGCCGGCAUCCCCGCCAUGAUCCUGGGGAGCACGCAGACCCAUAAUGGCAGCACGGAGUGUGCCCUUCAGUUCCCCGAGCCCUACUCCUACUGGGACACCCUGAUGAAGGUGUGCGUGUUCGUGUUCGCCUUCGUGGUGCCACUGGUGGUCAUCAGCGUCUGCUACACGCUGAUGCUGCGGCGGCUGAAGAGCGUGCGCAUGCUGUCGGGCUCGCGCGAGAAGGACCGAAACCUGCGCCGCAUCUCGCGGCUGGUGAUGGUGGUGGUGGCGGUGUUCGUGGUGUGCUGGACCCCCAUCCACAUCUUCAUCCUGGUCAAGGUGCUGGUGCCCUCCGUGCCCGAGACCACGGCGGUGAUGGCGGCCUACUUCUUCUGCGUGGUGCUGGGCUACACCAACAGCAGCCUCAACCCCAUCCUCUACGCCUUCCUGGACGAGAACUUCAAGAGGUGCUUCAGGGACUUCUGCUGCGUGCCCGGAGCCUGGGGACUGGGGGGGGGCCGGGACGGGUUCAACGGCGGCAGCGGGGGCAGCGGCCGCGUCCGCAGCACGCUCAGAGAGCACUCCUGCCCCGCCGGUAACCGUGGCGACAGGAGGCAGGGGCGUCCCGUAUGA